ACAUUGUCUUAAAGGAGAAAAGCUCCCUUAUUACAAGAUUGUCGCAGACAAUGUUGAUUUGGAAAUCAUGUCCAACAUACAGUCAAAAAGGAGGAGUAACAGGUCCAUACACUGGACACACCAAUAUGCUUUGUUAGACAAAGUUAGUCUGCCUUCCCCUGGUCAUGAUGAACAGAGACCUAAAGGAGAGAUCUGGUUUAUUGAUCUAUUGCCAAAUUUUCAAAUUCAGGAGAACCUAGUCAAUAGAAUGGCAAUCCUUGUGAGCAGAUCAAGAGUGAUCACAAAAUAUCUUAAAGUUUUCAAGCCACUCUACAAAGUAGUGGUUUACCACAUCCCACAUCAAUUCUCUGAGGAAAUGGGAAAGAAGUCCAACUCUUGUUGUCUUAGUGUAGAGUUCUUCAAUCCAAACAUUGCGGGUGAAAUGGCACAGCUGAUGAAGAAAAACCAGUCACAGUAUGUCCCAUUGUCAGCAGAUGGAACGAGUGUGGAGACAAUGAUACCAUUCCAUGGUGACCAAAAUUUGGAGGAAAGAUCAAGGAAUGUUAAGUGGACAUUUCGAGAUGGUGAAUGCAGCGCAGAUAGGCUGGAAGGUCUGGAUCCAGAGUUUGCUGACUGGCAUGCCAAAUUUACCUUGUACAAGGCAGAAAACAAAAUAUUUCUUAAUCAUGCAUCUGUCGGAGAGAUUAGCACAACCAUGGCAAGUAUGAAUCGAACAGGGAAGACAAAUGCAGCCAAGGACAUUGACAGUCACUACAAUGAAUACAGUGAAUUCCACACCUGUGAAGUUGAAGCCCACAUCUGUGCUGCAUUCAUGACCAAGAUGCAUAUGUCUAAUAUGGAUGAUAAGCCGAAUGUUAUUAUUCCUGACAGUUCGGUGCCGAAAUCCAUCAAGCAAAGUGGCUACAUGAUACAGUAUGUGCUGUGAAUUUGUAAAUGAAUAUGUCUUUCAGUCUAAUGACUUUCUUGGUCUAGUGAACGAUACAGCAGAUCUUCAAGCAAAGAGCAAACCACCCUUCCAAUGUAGAGUUGAUGGUUCUGAUAGAAGCUAUUUAUUUCACUCAGCCAGGGUCAGUCAUGAAAUAAAACAGCAUGAUGUAACAGUUUGUCCAUAUCAAGGAGAUGAUAGAGAUGACAUGGGGCAAUAUUUCUGUCACUGUGGCUGUAACUUUGUCUUCACCACAACAACCACACUUAACAGACAUGAAAGAAAAGAACACCAAACAAAUGAAUCAGCAGACAUUAGUGAUGAGACUCUAACUGAUGAAACAAAGAAUAAUAAUGCUGAAUCGACAAGUGCUCCUUCAUCUACUGUUAUGUAGACUACAUUUUCAAUUACCACCAGGCAAAGUUAGCAUUUGGACUAAUUCUUUUUGAGUUCAAUGACUGCAUAAAGGAAGGUGAUGGUGAACGUCUAUUUCAACUCUACAAGUUAGCCCUCCUACUUUUUAAGAACUAUGGUCAUACAAAGUAUUCUUAUGCAAUUCUUUUAUACUUGACCAAGAUCAAUUACAUUCUGUCGGAUCAAGAAACAAUAAUUUUUCACACUUAAAUGGAACAGAUUCUAUAAGCAUCAUGGUGGCAAAGGAAGGAACAUAUCCCUAGAUUUGAGAAAAGAGCAACAGAAUCGAAUUCUCAAGAC